GCGGCGCACGUUGGCAACAGCUAAUGUAUAAUUUUUCCCCUCGACAUCCGGCCCUCGCCUCCAUACAUGUUCAAAUUUCCGGACAUCUCUCUCACGGAUCGCCGUGGAACGGGGAGGACUUCUCCAUAGUUCGCCGUACGAGGAAACUUCCGAGUUCCAAGAUGUCGGCGACUCAGUCCGAGUUCGACCUCGGAGUAUCCGGUGGGCCGCCGUUCGGGAUCGGGGAAUACGCCUUUGCCGACGCUGGGAACCUGGAACAUUGCACCAAGUACCUUAACCAGACGCUGGUGACCUUCGGAUUCCCUGCCUCUCUCGAUCUCUUUGCCGUUGAUCCCGUUUCGAUCGCAAGGACAUGCAAUUGCAUCUAUUCUCUGCUUCAACAAAGGCAGCGCGACAUUGAGUUUAGGGAGUCAUCUAAUGAGCAGAGGCAGAGAUUGCAGUCUGAUAUAUCAAGAUUAGAGGCCAAGGUUGAAAGGCUUGAGGCACAAUUAGCUUCAAAAGAUCGAGAGCUAGCCACUUUAACCCGAAUGGAGGCUAAAAAUACUGCAGCUCUGAAGGCUCAAAUUGAAAAGUUGCAGCAGGAACGUGAUGAAUUUCAGCGAAUGGUCAUUGGUAAUCAGCAAGUGCGCACGCAACAAAUACAUGAAACGAAGAAAAAGGAGAAGGAAUAUAUAAAAUUACAGGAGAGACUAAACCAAGUGUUAAUGGAGAAAAAGAAGGAAUCUCGGUCAGGGAUGGAAAUAAUGAACUUACUGCAGAAAGAAGGGCGUCAGCGUGGAACGUGGAAUGGAAAGAAGGCUGACAGUGAUUUCUAUAAAAUGAUUGUUGAUGCAUAUGAAGUAAAAAAGCAAGAGCUGAUGGCAGAGAAUGCUGAUUUGAGGGCUUUACUACGUUCUAUGCAGAUGGAUAUGCGGGACUUCCUAAAUGCUCCAAAUGGGUUGUCGCAACAAACUGCUGUCAAUGAAAAACAAGAGGCAGGGUCUCCUCAGUCUCCCCUAGGUGGCAGGACGGAUGUCUUUGAUCUACCUUUCCACAUGGCCAGAGAUCAAAUAGAAGAGAGCUUGCGGACUAAGAUGGCUUCAAUUAAGGCACGGAUGAUACAACUUCAAGAUGCACAAAAAGGAGCAGAGUUGACUUCUGAGGCAACUGAGAGAGAGCUUGAACUUGAAGCUCAACUUGUUGAAGCUAGGAGCAUCAUUCAAGAGCAGGCUUCAAUAAUGUCCAAACAUCUUACAAAGUCUGAGAAGCCAAGGAGACUGAGUAGCCAUUUAGAUGCUGAGAGAGAAGUUAUCCAUUCAGCAUCUGCUGAGGUGUGCAAAGCUUUAUCCUCCUGAAAAUUUGUUUUUGCCCUUUUUUUAGCGGUGUAAAAUCCAAGAUGCUCUAGUAUUUUGAUGGUAGUGGUGCAUGCUUUUCACUUGAUGUAAACUAGAUUUGCUUCUGUUCUCCAAGCAGCAGAGGUGACAGAAGCAUCAAGGCAGAAUCUUGUUUAACAUUUGUAUUUUGGAAUAGCUUAGCUGGAGGAUUCAUGUUGGUGGUUCAGAAGAACCUACUGAUCCAUCAAUGUACCUCAAUAUAUAGCUUUAUGAUAAAUGAAUAUUAGUUGUCCUCAUCUCGUAGUUGUUCAUUUUGACU